AUGAAGUUCGGUGAACAGUUACGUUCGUCCAUGAUCAAGGACUAUUACUGGCACUACAUUGCCUACGAUGAUCUCAAAGACGCCCUCAAGACCGAAUACGUGACCGAGCCAACACCCGCAAACCCCAAACCAGACCGUAAAUCUUGGACGGAAGCCGAUGAGCGACGGUUUGUAGCCCUAUUGGAGAGUGAACUCGAUAAAGUCGCUACUUUUCAGGCUCUGAAGAGUAAGGAGAUUAUUCAGCGGAUCAAGGCUAGCGAGCAAGAGGUUAAUCAGGUGGUGGCGCGGUUGGAGAAUCCGGCUUCAUUUAGUGGUGCGGAGAGGCCGACCGAUGAGGAUUUCAUGUUGCUCGAGGCGGAUUUGAGUGAUAUUAUUGCUGAUGUGCAUGAUUUGGCGAAAUUCACUCAAUUGAACUACACGGGGUUUCAGAAGAUUAUCAAGAAACAUGAUAAACAAACAAGGUGGUAUUUGAAACCCGUGUUUGCUGCCCGAUUGAAUGCGAAGCCAUUUUUCAAGGACAACUACGACGCGUUCGUUGUGAAACUUUCCCGGCUCUAUGACCUGGUCAGGACCAAAGGUAACCCCGUCAAGGGUGACGCAUCUGCUGGCGGCGGUCAGCAAAACUUUGUGCGACAGACCACCAAAUACUGGGUACAUCCCGACAACAUCACCGAGUUGAAAUUGAUUAUCCUCAAGCAUCUUCCUGUUCUUGUUUUCAACCCUAGUAAAGAAUUCGAAGAAAAGGAUUCCGCCAUCUCUUCAAUCUAUUAUGACAACCCUGAAACAUGGGAGCUGUACAAAGGCCGACUGCAGAAAACAGAAGGCGCCGAGGCUAUUCGACUACGAUGGUACGGCGGGAUGGAAGUUGACCAGAUUUUUGUUGAACGAAAGACGCAUCGAGAGGAUUGGACCGGAGAGAAAUCAGUCAAGGCUCGUUUCCCUAUGAAGGAGAAGCAUGUUAAUGCAUACUUGUCUGGCGACAUGACCGUUCCAGCCGUCUUUGAGAAAAUGAGAAAAGAAGGCAAGAAAUCGGAACAGCAAAUUGCCGACUGGGAGGCGCUUGCAAAGGAGAUUCAGUACCGUGUAGUCACGCGCAAUCUCAAACCUGUUUGCAGGACGUUCUACCAUCGUACAGCCUUCCAACUGCCUGGUGAUGCCCGUGUUCGAAUCUCUCUGGAUACGGAACUGAGCAUGAUCCGAGAAGAUAACCUGGACGGCAGGAGACGCGCCGGCGACAACUGGAGGCGCAUGGAUAUUGGAAUCGACUGGCCAUUCCGACAACUACCGCCAGAGGAUAUUGAGAGAUUUCCUUAUGCAGUUCUCGAGGUCAAACUGCAGACCCAGGCCGGACAAGAGCCUCCCCAGUGGAUCCGCGACCUCACUGCUAGUCAUCUAGUAGAAGCUGUUCCCAAAUUCAGCAAGUUCAUUCAUGGCUGUGCAACUUUGUUUCCCGACAAAAUUCACCUGUUGCCUUUCUGGUACCCGCAAAUGGAUAUUGAUAUUCGGAAGCCCGUUACACGGAAAUACGGCAUUGAACGGCCAACACAGAGCACAAGCAUAUCCACUUCCGACAUGGUGGAUGAGGACGAUGAUGAGACAGACGACGAGAUCGACGGCAAUGGUCAGACAAGUAAUGGCAAUGCUGCUACUCAAGGCGUCAGUCACGACACUGUAACCAACUACGAGCGCAAUGGCGCGCUUUCAGCAACUCGCAAUGAGCUGGAUGUCGAAGAACGUGUCGCCGCUGAUUUCCUCGCUGGCGAUGAGGACUACCCGUUGUACGACUCGGAUGACGAGUCUGAUUUCUCGGAUGCACUCGAGGAGGCGCGACGUAUUGGAGGGUUCUACUACUACCGUAUGUUGUUGAGCAGCUAUCUACGCCGCACCGGACAUAUCACCUGGGAAGUUUUGAAGGCCAUCACACCGCGGCCACGGGCUACACAGAUGGCAGAUGAAGGAACCAAUGGAAUUACCAUUCUCGGAAAUGGAAGACGUACAGUCAAACGCUUUAUUGCGCCCAAGGGUAAACGUAUUCAUGUCCCCAUCCGCGUCGAGCCAAAAGUCUAUUUUGCUGCAGAACGCACAUUCCUCUCCUGGCUCGAGUUCUCAAUUUUGAUCGGUUCGAUCGCAGCGACACUCCUUAACUUUGGUAGCGACUACGUCACAUUCGCAUCUGCAUGGGUCUUCACCAUCAUUGCCGUCAUAUGUCUUGUCUAUUCGGUGGUGUUAUAUGUCUGGCGUGUGGACAAGAUCCGUAAAAGACGCGAUGUGAAACGUAUCUACUACGAGAAAUGGGGUCCUACAUUCCUUUGUCUGGGAUUGGUGUCAGCUGUGUUGGUGAAUUUCAUUCUCAGGGCGAAACAUGGUCAACUUGCCUCUGGUGAUGAUCAGGGUCGUCCUCAUCUGUUUCAGGUUGAUAUGAGUAAUCAGACGGUCGAAGAAGUUGGUAAUAUCCGUGGACUGGAGCUUUGAUUGUUAUUUCUGCCGUUUUUUUUUCGGUCAUGCCAAUUAAUGUUUAUAGAGAUGAUGGUGAAAUGUACCAAUUGCAGAGAUUGAUAUGUAUGAUAUAGAUUAUUUAUAUCUGUACAUAUAACGUCGCACAUAUUCGAUUGAC